CAUUCUGUUCUCCGAUCCCGACUGGUGAGUAUCGCGUAGAGGCAGGCGGGUUUCAUCCUUCAUUGUUCAUAAAAGACGGUGCAUGUACCUUGCUGUGGCGUUGAUCAUUAUUAUCGCGAGUUUGGUCAAACUCCAAGACUUAUUUCAGUAUCAAUAUGCACCGCCUCGAGGGUAUAUUGUUUCUGAUAAGCGUCGUCGGGACUAUGGGAUUCCGCCCCCAUGGUUCUAUUGGGGGAGAGGACCACUACAUGCUUACCGAAGCGUGGCUACGUGAGGUUGUGAAUCGGAUGGGCAAAGACUUCAACGACGGAGGUACCUCCUACCUUGAGUUCCCUGCCAACGAUCGCCAACUCAACCUGAUGGCCAGAGCCAAUAAAGAGAUAGAGCAUGAACAGAUUGACUACGACUCCCUCAUCGACGGCAACCCUAACCCUAGUCUUCGUGAUCAAGAAUAUCUGCAGCAUAGCUCUCUUUGGGGCCACCAAUAUGUCACCGGUGGAGCCAGUGAAGUAGUCCCCAAUCGCCAAAUGAUCAAAACUGAUGCUGUGCUGCCCGCCUACUGCAACCCACCAAACCCCUGCCCUGUUGGCUAUACUGAAGAACAAGGCUGCAUCAGCGAGUUCGAAAACACCGCAGCCUUCAGCCGCGAGUAUCAGCUGGCCCAGCGCUGCAUGUGCGAUGGAGAGCACAUGUUCAGUUGCCCCGAAGAGUCCUCGGCAGACAUCGACCUACACUUCCCCGACCCCCACAAGAACCUCGUCGCCAAAAAGUUCCAACCAGAAGUUAGUGCAACCUCCAUAUUCCAAGAAAUCAAACGUGCGUUCUUAGAGUUCACGGAGAAUCUCUACAAGCAACGAAUGUCGGCAGGCUGCCAAACUUGCCCGCUAUAAAUCUCUAACCUUUAAAUAAUAACCGAGUUAUGUGCAAUUUUAUUUGCACUCGCGACUUAUUGAUAGAUCUAAUUAGAUAAUAAUUUAUUCAGAUUGGUAAAACCUUACAAACUGCUUCAAUUGCUUUACUGUCAAACCGCCAAAAUACGUUUUUUCAUUUGUAAUGAUUUUAUGAGGACGUCAGCCCAAUAAACACUCAUUGCAAACAAUGUUUUAGGUGGAGAAUCCUUUUCUAUUCGGUGAACGACUACCGAUAGCUGCCAAAAAGGGAUUUGACGUGCACAUUUAGAACGUCCAAAAUGUACGAUUUCUAGUCAUAUUUUUAUUUAACUCUCGCUAUAUUUUGUUCAAUUUUAUGGAAAUAAAGUGAGAGUCAUACAAGAAUGUGAUUCAACGUUACUUCAAAAGUUUCGGAACUAUGUAGAAUUUACGGUCUUUUAACUGUUAGUUAAGGUACAGAUUGAUGUCUAAUGAUAAUUUAUAUAGUAAUUCCAUUGCAACCUCAUAUGAAAUACUUAUAAUAUUUCUCUAUUUUUUUGUUCAUUUGAUUUUGUUCAGUUGCAACCCUUGAGAUUGGGAUGUGCUUAGUGGGAAGUAUAAAAAGAGUAUGAGAGUUAAUUUAUACUUUUUCCUUUGAAGAAUUUUCUGUAUAUGAUUUAAUUUUUAGGUUCAUUUUUCAAAUAUUUUCGAAGGUACUUUUUUAUAUUUUCAAUUGAUAUAAGUUACCCCUAAACUCGUCAUUGUACCUAAGUGAUAUAUUUUGGAGAAAAUAAUUUAUAUUUGAGAGUCUACGUAGUAAAUAAAAUACUAUUAAAAUAAGUAAAAUUUCGUUGUUUCAAAUAACCGUAAGAUUAUGUGAAACAACGAGCUAGCUCUACAACGGGACAAAAGCAACCAAAUAAAAAGUAGUACGUAAUAAAAAUGGGAGAUCUGAAAAAAGAAUGUACAGACCACCGUGAGAAUAUACCCCAUGUAUUUAUAAUUAACUAUAUAUAGGAAAAUAUUAUGUCGUAAAUAUAAAACUGGCAGUGGCUUGGGACACUGUAAAUAGGAUUAAUAAUAUUAUAAUAAAAGACCCAAUAGGGCAUCGACUCAAUAUGCACCAUUAGAUAGGAUAUUCAUACAUGGGUGAUUCCGAUUAACAUUGUACAGAACAACAGAACAAUGACCCCAUUGAUUAAUUUAAGAAUAGGCUAUGUAUCGUUUGUUCCACUUUAAUUUCAUUAUUUAUAAAACCCUACUAAUUUUCUUGUUACUUGCUUUACGAUCAUAUGAUAUAUUUUCUUGUUACUUGCUUGGUUUUAUUUAAGUUAAAAAACCCUCUUUCAUUUACCUUUCUAUUUAUUUUGUAUUAAUUGAAUGAUUUAUUGAAUCGUUAUUUUACUUAUAAAUCAAUUGUAAAUGUUGAGUUUUAGCUCUAUCAUUUUUGUAAGUCAGUUAUACUUUAAAUUGUUAUAUUUGGACGUAUUCAAGAAGCUAUAAUGGUAGGUGUAAAUACUUGUGACGAAUAUAUGCAGCAAUGAGAUGCAUUUAUAUUAAUAAUACC